UUCUGUGGUGACGAAAAUGUUAUAAAAUUGACUGUUGGUGUUGCACAUACCUAUGAAGAUACUAGAGACCACUGAAUUGUAUACUUUAAAAGCUCAGCUGUGAGAAGAGAGACUGCAAGACGGAGAGGCAGGUGAGGGUGUAGGGAAAGGUUUCGGUGUCUGAGAGCCUGGGUCAAGGGCACAGGUGGAGAGAGGGCUUAACCACGGACAGCAGAAGAACCUCAUUCCGAGCACAGCUUCUCAAGCUGUUCAGUAGGAUGGGGGAGCCGAGCUCCAUCGGGCACCUUAUUCCCAGUUGCAAAACUACCUCCUGGCGUAAGGAUGGGAGAAGUUUGUGUUUCCUUGCGAUAAAGCCAAUAAGCUAACACAGGUGGCGACCUCAAUUACCAGGUAGUUAUCUUGAGAACAGGUGUUAAUGGGUUGUGUCUGCCUGGCUCUGGCUUUAAAAGAGAGUGAGACUCUUUUCUAUCUGCAGUCUCAGCAGAUUGCCUGUGAUGCUGCACACUCUGCCUUAACGUUUAUUCAAUAACAAAAGUAUUUCCUUCCUCUACUACCUUUGUGGAGACCAAUUCUGGAUUGGAAAACAUUUUUGCUUUUUAACAGUUCUCAAGUUUGCACCUGCUCCAGGAUGGGGUGCACCCCACUCCCGGCUCAAGCUGAUACGAGUCUGAGGACCAUGAUACUCUGGCCCUAACUUCCCUCCACCUGCCAGCUUGGGCCAGCUCCCAGCACAGCGGCCCUUAGGCAACCUGCCCCUUUAAGAGCCCCCCCCUUCCCAGCUCCUCCCUCAGGCCCGGUGGCCGGAUUUCCUGGUUCAGGCCCAGCCCUUUAAAGCUGUGGCUCUAUCCUUCUGGCAGGUUGUGUACUGAAGCUGAGGGGGCUGCGGAGGGGGCCCUGGGUGCCAGGCAGAGGCACAAGUGGGCUGUGACAGAUCGGGGAAGGGAACGGAGCUCAGAGCAGCUGGCUGAGUUACCCAGGGCCAGACAGCUAACGAGGGGCAGAGCCAGGAUCCAAACUCAGGUCAGUGUGACCCCAAAGCCCUGAUGUUCUCUCCCCCGCAUCACCUGCCUGACAGGUUUCACUUGGUGUUCCUGUGCGCGGGAGAGUGGGGGGGAGGAAAUGGGUUUUCCCCCCUCCCCCUAGUGCCAGUACUUGGGGGCCUUCCUCCUGCCAGGAGCUGCUUGGAGAUGCUGCUGCCGCUGCUGCCGUGCCUCGUGCUGUGCCUCCUGCUGCUGCCGCUGGCCCUGCUCUGGCGGCGGCGGCCGUCCCAGGAUGCCAGGCUGUCCUGGCUGGUCCAUCUCCAGCACCGUGUGGCAUGGGGGGCCCUGUGCUGGGCAGCCGCCUGGCAGCGGAAGAGCCUAGUGCGGAGCACGCUGCACGCGGGCCAGAGCCAGCAGCGGGCCCUGAGGCGGUGUCUGCAGGGAGCCCAGAGUCCCCGCUGUCCCCUCAGGGGGAGCACAGAUAUAGGCGUCUUCCGGAAUCAUCUCCCUCUGACCAAGGCCAGCCAGCUCCAGGAGGAAGAAAGUGGAGUGCAGCUCUUGCCUCCUACCUCAAACCAGUACCGUGGGGAGGUCUCUCUGCAGGCCACCUUGCUGGGCCUGGCAGCCCUAAAGGAGACCUGCCCGGAAGUGCUGGCCCCAGAAGGCACGGCCCGUGUGACCCCUUCCUCCCCUUGGCCCUACCCGCUCCCUUGGCCUUGGCAUGCCCUGGGCCAGUUGGGCCCUGCUGGAGCCAAGGACCCUAGGGCCCUGCUGCUGGAGGCACUGAGGUCCCCGGGCCUGCGGGCUCUGGAAGCUGGGACGGCGGUCGAGCUCCUAGACGUCUUCUUGGGCCUGGAGGCUGAUGGCGAAGAGCUGGCUGAGGCAUUAGCUGCUGGGAACCCAGGAGCAUCUCUCCCUAGACGGGCAGCUGAGCUGCGGGAGGCCCUGGAGCAGGGACCCCGAGGACUGGCCCUUCGGCUCUGGCCAAAGCUUCAGGUGGUGGUGACUCUGGAUGCAGGAGGCCAGGCGGAGGCUGUGGCUGCCCUGGGGGCCUUGUGGUGCCAAGGGCUAGCCUUCUUCUCACCUGCUUAUGCUGCCUCUGGAGGGGCGGUGGGCCUGAGUCUGUGGCCAGAGCAGCCCCAUGGCCUGUACCUUCUGCCCCCUGGAGGCCCCUUUAUUGAGCUGCUCCCACUCAAGGAAGGAACCCGGGAAGAGGCUGCCCCCACUGUCCUACUGGCCGAAGCCCAGAAGGGCAAGGAGUACGAACUGGUGCUGACUGACCACACCAGCCUCACCAGGUGCCGCCUGGGUGACGUGGUCCAGGUGGUUGGUGCCUACAAUCAGUGUCCGGUCGUCAGGUUCAUCUGCAGGCUGGGCCAGACCCUGAGUGUUCGAGGCGAAGACACUGGUGAGGACGUGUUCUCUGAGGCCUUGGGCCGGGCGGUGGGGCAGUGGCCAGGGGCCAGGCUGUUGGACCAUGGCUGUGUGGAGAGCAGCAUUCUGGAUUCCUCCGAGGGUUCUGCUCCCCACUAUGAGGUGUUUGUGGCACUGAAGGGGCUAAGGAACUUGUCGGAGGAAAAUCGAGACAAGCUUGACCACUGCCUUCAGGAAGCCUCAGCUCGCUACAAGUCCCUGCGGUUCCGGGGCAGCGUGGGCCCUGCCCGAGUCCACCUGGUGGGGUGGGGGGCCUUCAGAGAACUGCGGGCAGCCCUCGCUGCCUGCCCCUCAGCCCCCUUCCCUCCUGAGAUGCCCCGGGUCCUCAAGCACAGGUACCUGGCCCAGUACCUGCAGAGGAGGGUGCUGUCCUGAGCUGAGGCCUGCCCACUGCCCUGUUCACCCUCACGGGCUGCCUCGCUCUUUCCUCUGGGGCCCCUCUGGAUGGGGAGCCCUUGGCCAGGGUCUUCGAGUGUCAGCUGACGGUGGCCCAUCAGAGCUGCUGGGCCUUAGGGAGGCCCGACCUAGUCUGUCAGGUCUGAGGAGUUGACUUCAGGGAUAGAGCAGACACCAGCAGUGCCCCAUCUGGAGCCCCCCGGCCCACCCUGGAGGACCCUGAGGUUCCAGUCCACGCUGACAGUGCCUGUGUCUCUCAGCCCAUGCACCAGGCAGGCUGGAAGUGUUGGGAGUUAAUGCUCUCAGAAGUGACCCUCAGUCAGCAAAGGAACAGGAGCUGGUGAUCACGGACCUCAGCUUCAUCGUCCCUCAGUGGGACAACCUGAAGCGUAUUCUGCAUUGUCUCCCUCGGAGGGUCACCACCAGUUGCCCACAGCGGUCACCCUCUCGUUAACAAAGUCCUUGGUUCUCCUUCUUUCCCUCCCGUCCCUACUCCCUUAUGUGCUUUCUUGGAUCACCGCCCAAAUAAACCUCUUGCACCCAGAA